UAAGUAACGUCCGCAUAAAACGAUCUUCGAAACGACAGUCUCAGACAUACAGACUGUGCAACCAUAUUCUCCUUUCCAUCUAUCAUGACCGCAUGCUUCUCUUACUCUCUCACUCUUCCCUCCAUUACCACUAACCAUUUCUCUCUUCCAUGGCCUCCUUUAAACCCUAGUCGCUUAAUUUCCCCUAUUUUCCUCAGGAAAGCCUCCACUGAUUCGCCUAGAUUCUUCCCCAGAGUUCUCCAACAAGGUCCGGGCCUUGUUUCACCGGAAGACCUUUCUUUGCCCCUCAGCCCACCGGUUGAAACCACCGCUGAAGAAAACGAGGAGGCUCUUGGGGUUUAUGAUGGAAUCGCGGAAGAGGAUACUAUAUCUGAUGAUAAAGCCCCAAGUUCUUCGACUAGAGUUAAGAAGAAGACAGAGGAAGAUGACGAUUUCGAUAAUAGGUUUAAGCUUCGGAAUGGAAGAGAGGUUUUUGAAGAAAAAGCGUACCUUGUUGGUGUCGAGCGCAAAGGUGAUACAGAGUACUCCUUUGGUAUAGAGGAGUCAUUGAAGGAAUUGGCCCAGUUGGCAGACACCGCAGGGCUUAUGGUUGUUGGUUCCACGUAUCAAAAGUUAGCUUCUCCAAACCCGAGGACAUACAUUGGAUCUGGCAAGGUGGCAGAAAUUAAGAGUGCUAUUCAUGCCUUGGACACUGAGACUGUAAUAUUUGAUGAUGAGCUUUCAGCAGGACAAUUGCGCAAUUUGGAAAAGUGUUUUGGUGGAGAUGUAAGAGUUUGUGAUCGCACUGCCCUCAUUCUGGAUAUUUUUAACCAGCGUGCAGCAACACAUGAAGCAGCUUUGCAGGUAGCAUUGGCACAAAUGGAAUACCAAUUACCUCGAUUAACAAAAAUGUGGACUCAUCUUGAGCGUCAAGCAGGAGGGAAGGUGAAGGGAAUGGGAGAGAAACAAAUUGAAGUGGACAAACGUAUCUUACGCACUCAAAUUGGUGUGCUCAAGAAGGAGCUGGAAUCUGUUAGAAAACAUAGAAAGCAAUACAGAACUCGACGAACUUCUGUACCUGUCCCAGUGGUGUCUUUGGUUGGUUACACAAAUGCUGGAAAGAGUACGCUUCUAAAUCAAUUGACUGGAGCUAAUGUACUUGCUGAGGACCGAUUAUUUGCAACUCUUGAUCCAACUACUAGAAGGGUUCAGACGAAGAAUGGGAAAGAGUUUCUGCUCACAGACACUGUUGGUUUCAUUCAAAAAUUACCUACUACCCUGGUUGCUGCUUUUAGAGCAACACUAGAGGAGAUAACAGAAUCAUCGUUGUUAGUGCAUGUGGUGGACAUCAGCCAUCCCUUAGCCCAACAACAAAUAGAUGCUGUGGACAAAGUUCUAUCAGAUCUGGAUGUCUCCUCAAUUCCAAAAUUGAUUGUUUGGAACAAGGUUGAUAAGGUUGCCAAUCCUGAAAAGUUGAAGUUAGAAGCAGAGAAAAGAGGUGAUAUCGUAUGUGUGUCUGCUUUGAAUGGUGAAGGGUUGAUUGAGUUCUGUAAUGCGGUUCAGGAUAGAUUAAAGGAUACUAUGGUAUGGAUCGAAGCCUUGAUCCCUUUUGACAAAGGGGAGCUUUUAAGUACCGUACAUCAGGUUGGCAUGGUAGAGAGAACUGAAUACACGGAGAAUGGGACAUUAGUGAAGGCACACGUGCCUCUUCGAUUUGCAAGGCUACUAACACCUAUGAGGCAACACUCUAUUACCUGAUUUCAAUGUUUUUCUUGAAUGAGCACAAGUAUGGGAUGAGGUCUUAAAUCGUUACUCGGCAUACAAGUUCCUUAAUUCGAUUUGGCAGGUGAAAGAGAAUAUGUUCAUUAUAUGACAGAUUAAUCUAAUCUGACAGAUGUAGCAUAAGACACAUAUGUUCGUCCAAAGUAAAUGGCUGUGGCUGUUUAUCAUUCUGUACAUAUGUUGUAAUAAUAUUAAUGUUUUUCAGUACCUGAUCUCUCCAAAUCAUAUGUAGUUGAAUUUUGCAUUACUAUUUUUAUAGAGGGCAAAUGUUGUAUUUA